AUUGAGCGUUCUUUGUACGUAACAUUAUCCGCACCCAUACUUUGUUUAAAGGCAGACGUCUUCCUUGAUAUCGCUCAGUUUUUUCAUAGAGAAGUAUUUUCUCCACUUGAAGACUAUGGCAAACACUACUAUAAUAUUGUGUCUGAUUCUGCUCUUUGUUCCUACUACCCUUUCACUUUCAAGUGGAGGAAUAUCCACCUUGAUGACGUACAAGUCGAGGCAGCACGCUUGGGAAAAUUUUUUCCUCAGCUUAGAGUAUUGCUCCAGCGAUGGGCUCUUCCAGAGAAAAUUGAGAUAUACCCGUUCCAGUGUAAUAAGUGCAAUGGAUAAGGUUUGGGACAUGAAGUAUAUUCAUCUGCUAUUAAUGUUCCCUAUCUACUUCUUUAAAUACAAAGAAACUGAUACAAUUCAACCUGCUUUCUCCUGUUUCUACAAGGUUUUUAACGAGCCUUUCGCCAUUCCCUCAAAUAUAAGGAGAAAGAGAAGGAGUGCAGAUUUACAACUCUCAACAAAAUUCCUCGAUUUCUUUGGGGAAUUAGUGGAAGAGGACUUCUUGGAAUCGGUUCCGGUCGAAAAGGUACAAAAUAUCAAAGACUGGGAUAGUCGAAACAUAAGGACGGAAGAUACCAUCAGUGUUCUCAUAAACGACAUGCGUUUCCUGAAAGGAUUUCAUGUAUUCGUUAAUGAGUUUAAAUCAUACAUAUCCAACUGUUUGGAUAAAACACAUAGAAUUACCACUCAAGAAUACAAAUUCUGUAAUGCUGUGAAGCUGAGUUUCAGGAAUCUCCUGACAGAGACCAUUGAAAGACUACCUUGCCACCCUAGAAACUCUUCAAAAGGAAAAUGUGGAAAUGUGUAUUUUCUUAUGCUGCUCAUAUGGCCAGUGAUUGUCAUGGCGAAUCAUCUUUGAAUUCGAUAGACGAAUUUUUUAUAUGUCUUCACGAAAAAUAACUUCGUUUUGAUAUUUUCUUAUUAUUUAAAGUAUCUAAUUAUAUUCAAAAUUUCAAGGGACAUCCCAUUUCAAUCCAUAUAUACGUAUGUAAAUUUUAGAUCAAAUAGCUGAUACUACAUGUAAAUAAAACUCUGUUCAAUCGCU